AUGGUUGAUGUAAGUCUUGUCGGCCUCUCCGUGGCCCUCGCGCGCAAGUCACAGGCUGACAGAGAUAGGAUCGUACAUAUCGUUGGCAUUCUGUUCUUUGCUAAAGGCUUUCUUCUCACCCGACUCGUUUUGGACAACAAAUCCGAAUGUCGAGUGCUUCCAUCUGACCAACCUUCUCGAGAAACUAAUGGAUGCUGGCAUCCAAAGUCAUUCGACCGGGCUGUCAUCAUAAUAAUUGAUGCUUUACGAUAUGAUUUCACCAUUCCUUCCCACCGUUUCUAUACCGAACCUCAGAAAAAGUUUUAUCUCGACAAUUUGCCGAUUCUACACGAGACCGCCGUUUCCAACCCUGCCAAUGCAAUCCUGCUUCCAUUUAUCGCCGAUCCUCCAACCAGCACCCUCCAACGUUUGAAGGGUCUGACAACUGGCACUCUUCCUACCUUUAUAGACAUUGGUUCAAAUUUUGCGGGUACAGCUAUCGAAGAAGAUAAUAUCGUUUCUCAAUUAAAAGAUGCCGGAAAGACAAUUGUACAACUUGGAGAUGAUACAUGGCAUUCUCUGUUUCCUGGAUAUUUUGAUCCGAACAUGACACAACCGUAUGACUCUUUCAAUGUGUGGGACCUGCAUACCGUCGACAAUGGGGUUAUCGAACAUGUUAUGCCUUUGCUUGACCAGUCGCCGGUGCAGUGGGAUGUCAUUUUCGGUCAUUUCCUUGGAGUCGAUCACGCAGGUCACCGGUACGGUCCAGAUCAUCCCGCGAUGGCCGAAAAGCUUCGCCAGAUGGAUGAUGUUAUUCGACAAAUGAUGGAGAAGAUCGACGACCAAACGUUGCUCGUGAUCAUGGGCGACCAUGGCAUGGACACCAAAGGGGACCAUGGUGGAGAGUCCGACGACGAAAUUGAAGCAGCCCUUUGGAUGUAUUCCAAAAAGCCUCGUUUCGGAAGAAUCGACGGUGCCAGCGCCCUGCCUCCGGCCAAAGCAAAGGAGCGACCAGUCGGCCAAAUUGAUCUAGUCUCGACGCUUUCAAUCUUACUUGGUCUCCCUAUCCCAUUUAAUAACCUCGGCAAGCCAAUUGCUGAAGCUUUUGCAGGGGCGGGGACAACAGACUGGGAAAAUUUGGCCAAAGUGGAGCAACUGGCACAGAGGCAGAUCUCAAGAUAUCAAAAAUAUUAUACCCGUUCGCGAGACUUGGGGCUGCCCGAUGAAGUGUACGCGAACCAAAAUCAGUAUGUGAUCAACUCAAUAGAAGCUACAGCACAUGGCAAGUGGAAGGAUGUGCAUUAUGCCAUUGUCAACUGGCAUCGAGAGAUGAUUUCCAUGUACAGACAAUUGUGGGCCAAUUUCAACUUGAAAGAUAUGUUGCUGGGUGUUCUGCUUUCUGGCCUCGGACUCGGCCUCCUGUUCCUAUUUUCCUGCUUCUUGGAAGGAGAUAAAGCUGGACUGGCUGCGCAUCUGACCAAAAGCGCCGGACUGGGCUCAGCUACGGGUGCUGCGGUUGGCGGGCUGGUUGGAUUUCUCUGGCCCGCACACUACACUGUCGUGACUGGUCUCAUAUUUGGAGCCGGCAUCGGUGGCAUCUUUGCCGCUGGCUCCUGGUCUUGUCGACACCUUUUCGCUCCAAAGUCGUACCUACCAUCUGCAUGGGGAUGGUUAUCCUUCACCUUCUGCGUGGCACAAUCGUCGGGGUUCGCAUCGAACUCCUACACCAUUCAUGAAGACACCAUUCUCCUCUUUUUCCUGAGUUCGUUUGGGAUUGCGUCUUUAAUGUCUUCGUUACGACAAGCAUCCACACCUGAUCGAGUAUUAGGCACUUACCAAUCGGUGGUGUUCAUACUCCUCGCUCGAGCCGCAUCAUUCUCGCGCCUGUGUCGGGAAGAGCAGAUGCCAGGUUGUCGUUCCAGCUUUUAUGCUUCCACAAACUCAUCAACUUCAGCCCCAUGGCAGCUUCUCAUUCCCUACACCGUGGCUCUGAUCAUACCGGAGAUCAUCAAGGCGUUCUACAAGGGCACUGCAUCGUAUGCAGGAUCGGCCGUUUUUUGGAUCGGCUUCAGUGUGCGCAUGGGCUUGUUGCUCAUUGCUGCCUAUUGGACGAUAGAUGCUGCGGACAAUGGCGAUUGGCUGCUGGAGCGGUUCUCAUCAGCAACGCUCAAGACAGCCAACAUCACCCUGGCCCGGUGUGCCCUGGCGGUCGCAAUUCCUAUUGGGAUAGGUACUUUUGUGUGGGCAAAGCCCUGCAUCGACAUCUCGAUUACCGAGCCGACCACUGCCGCCGAAGAAUCUGGCGCCCGUGGUCGGCCACAGUUGGCGGUAUUCGGUUAUGCCAACGUCUUUGGCAGCCGCUACUUUGUUAUGAUUCCGAUUCUUGUCCUCACAGUUUCACUCCUUCUGCCACCUAUGGGUCAGUUUUCUAUCGCCGUUCUCACCUGGCAGAUUCUAUGCCUGCUUGAAAUCCUGGAUACCAAUGGGCUUAUAAUUUCCUCGACACGCAAAUCCAGCAUUGGACCAAUUAUGCUCGCGAUCCUGGGGUCCUACCAUUUCUUCAAGACCGGGCACCAGGCGACUUUGGCGUCGAUUCAAUGGAACUCGGCCUUCGUCCCGUUGCGCACGAUUCAAUAUCCUUGGUCUCCGCUUCUGGUCGUACUCAAUACCUUUGGGGCUCAAAUCAUCUGCGCAGCAGCGGUGCCGUUGACGGUUCUCUGGAAGAGGCCGAUCGACAAGGCAGGCUUACGUGGGUUGUGGAACGAUGUGCUCCGGGCUUGUCUUAUGCAUGCUCUGUACUAUGCGACCAUUCAGCUUGCGACGACACUGUGGGCAGGGCACCUACGACGACAUCUGAUGUUGUACAGAGUGUUCAUGCCUCGCUAUCUGAUGGCCAACGGAGUGCUGCUCAUUGUGGAUGUGGUGCUGGCUCUCGUAGCCUUAGGCAGCGUUAGGGUUGUCGGGCUCAGCGUUGGGGAGGUGUUUGGCUAUUGA